ACUUUCCAUCAUAAAUAUCGUCGAUAGAUAACUACUAUUAAUUCACAUUUUAAUCCAAAAUUUUGGUUUUUAUUACAGGGUUUCCUUGUCUUUCAUAAUUUUUCUCCUAUCUUGUCUAAAAAAUUCCAACUAUUUAUUCAAGCCUAUCUUUCAUCUAUUAUGAUGAAGAACGCAAAUAAUUAAAUAUGGAAGAAGUGAAAGAUAAAGGAACUAACCGUUUUAAACGGCUUUUUAGAAUGAGGCACACGGACGUAAAGUCGUUCCCUGGUCCAUACAUAAAUCCAUGGCUAAGGUUGACCAUAUACCUAGUCAUGAUCUUUUUAACUGGUUGUAUUUAUAUCGGAUGGAACGGAAUACAAGAACUGCUUUAUAAGGCAGGGUCAUUUGAACAUUUAUGUGAAGGAGCCACUGACAUCUCUUAUAUAUCAAUAGGAGAGGCAAAAUACAUUGAUUGUGGAGCUAGGAAGAGCGGUAUCAAUAACUUGUAUACUAUUGCUUUUUCUACGCACUUCAUAUCUUCGAUCAUUAGUGGAAUCGUUCUUGAUAAUAUUGGCCCCAAAUAUUGUUACGUCGUCGGCCAAUUUAUUAACAUUAUCGUAUGGAUAUUUAUUAGUACUUUCCCAAAACAGCCAAUUGUAUUGUACGGCGGAUUCUUCCUAAUUGGACUCACUGCAGAAUCCAUUUAUAUGCCACUCAUCACAGUGUCCUACUAUUUCCCCGAGAACAGAUUGUUCAUAAUUUCAUGCCUGGGCUCAACUCGCUCUUUAUCAUUUGUCAUUCCCACAAUUCUCGCGGCAAUAUUUAGACUCGACUACUUUAAACCGGACUCACUCUACAUUAUUGGUAUAACAUACGUAAUACUAGGAAACUUCUUUUGUCUUGUUGUUGGUGCUUGCACGAUACAGAGGUAUUUCUUUAUUGAUGAAAGCCCAGCUGAACCAGAGACUCCAGAAAGUGCUCGGAGCGUAGAUGAAAGUGUUAAUGCAGUCACUAAUCAAGGUAAUGGAUUUUCCAGGAUAGUUAAAAGGGCAAAGCAACUCUACAAGCAUCCACAAUGUCUGGAAUAUGUCCUAGUCACCGCAUGUAUCUCUAUUUUCUUGACAUCUAUGGAAUUCGUCAACAAAUCUCAACGUGAAAUGUUGGUAACAUCAGAUGGUGGAAGUGUAGUGGGACUUUUCAAAUAUGUGAACAUUCUUACAUUUUUACCAGCCCCCUUACUAGGAUUACUCAUGGACAAAUUUGGCCCUGCUGUAGUAUUCGUACUUCUUCAUGCAUGUUGUUCAUCAUACUACUUCUGUGUGGCAUUUGAUACCUACACUAUGAAGCUGGUUGCGUGCUUCUUUUACUUCAUCGCGGGAUCAUUAUUUAUAUCGAGUAACUAUUGCUAUAUCAAUCGGAGGUUUUAUGCCAAGAAUUUUGGGGUACUGACUGGUAUCCCAUUUGUAUUCGCAGGAUUGGUUACUUUAACUAAUAUUCCCCUCUAUAAUUUGGGGACUCAGAAACUGAAGCAUUUGGCUCCAUACAAUUUUAGACCGAUUGCUCUGAUUUUAAUGACUUAUAUGAUUGUUUGCGCCUUCCUGAGCUGCAUCCUUGUCCACAUCUCAAAGACGAACCCCGUCCAAGUUUACACUAAGAAGUCAAAGUCUUCUCAGGUGUAA